GUUAACUAAUGUGGACAAGGGGAGCAGGCGAUCAUUAACCUCUCCGCCGGACAUACAGGGGACAACAUGACUGCGUAUCUAGACUUCUGUUCGGGAGGCGAUUUGAUCGCACUACCAGCGAAAUACUUCCACCAAGAGCACAAACCAGGGGCGCUUCAGUACCAUGGAGAAAGUGUGGGGAGACUUUCAGCGUCAGGUCUGCUGGACCACCAGCACCGUACCAGCCGGUCGAUUUCAGGAGUGCCUCAAGAUGUGUUUGACUUGCAACACGAUAGCGGCACGACGGUGGCUGAGCGUAAUAACGUGGACCAGGGACUGGCUUAUAGUUCAGGACAUGGAUGCUACAACAACGCUGAGGGGUGCAGGAUACAUACCCAGUCCAUGGAGCCAACUUACUCAGGAAGCUGCUCCUUUCUCAGUUAUCACAAGGAGGCUUAUCACAACGGCGGAGACGCAAGCCAGCGUUGGCAGAACUUAUCGCGAGGACACCAUGGUCCAAGUCAUCAGAAUAGCCCACUCUCCCAAGGGGAGUUCGCUCCAAGGCAGGAAGGGAAACUUGUGGCGAAUACGUUUGACUGGAUGAAAAUCAAAAGAGGAAACCCAAAAAUCAGUAAAUCAAUUGAUUAUGGAUUAACGGCCAACGAGUCCUCCCCAAGAACGAAUUUCACAACUAAGCAGUUGACAGAACUUGAAAAAGAAUUUCAUUUCAACAAGUACCUCACCAGGUCCAGAAGGAUAGAAGUUGCCCAUAUUCUAAAGCUCAACGAAACGCAGGUGAAAAUUUGGUUUCAGAACAGAAGAAUGAAACAGAAGAAGAGAGAAAAAGAGGGCCUUACUUUGGUGUGUGUGACCUCCGCUUCUAAAAGCUCAGACUGUUCCUCAUUAGAGCCCCAUUCUCCAGGUUCAUCCCCCCCUUGCUCCCCUCUAUGCACACCACUGGACCACAGUGAAAACAGACAAGGUUGCUUCCUGCAGAUCUCAAGAUAACUUCAGUCUCCACAUGGAAUGCACUAACAGGCUUUCUGUUUUGUGUUGUAUGAAGGUGUUCACAUCUUGUGCCUUAGGUUGUUCAGAGGUACUACAUUGAAGUAGGGUAAAAUCUUUGUUAAUGACCAUUAAGUUAAGUGUCACUUUUCUUAGUCUGUGCACAGGGCUAUUAUGGGGUUUUAUAAUGGAAGUGUAAAACAAAGUAUAUGACAAUAUCUGUCUCUGGGGGAUUUCUGAAAAGCAAGUUGUACUUCUUAACCAAAUAUAAAACAAUGCUGUAAAUCAGAAGGCUAAAAUAUGACUCAUUAAUUGUUGUUAUACUGUCAUGAAUUAGACAUACUUAUUGCUUACAAUGAAUCUUUACUGAUUAGCUAAUUGUUUGCGAACAGACUGCAUUAAUCAAACCUUUAAAUGCCUUAAGCUGGAGAUGCUACACUGUCAAUGUGUCUGUGCCUGAAUCAUAACAUCGCCAAAAUAUCCUGUGUGUAAAACAUACUGAUUCCUUAACAUGUCUACUUGGACUAUCCAAAUAACACCAAGGACAAAAUGUUAAAUCGUUUAAUGUCUUUGUCAGAAUGUGAUGUGUUUUUACCAUAGGUCUUAUUUGUGAAUAAAGCAAAAACGAGUACAA